UCAUCAAAGAAUCCUGAAAACAAUGUAUCACGGUUUCCACAAAAAUAUUGCUUGUUUGUGUGUGCACAUGGGAAAACUUGUUCUAGUUUGUGUGCAUUCUUUCUCUGUGUGAAUGGCAGCGAGGGGGUGUUGAUUUAUGUGUGAGUUCUCUCAUUGAGUUCAACAGAGCAGUAAGAGGCUCUGGCCUCAGCAGCCCCUGAUCUGAGCCUCAUCUCUCCACUCCAUUUGCAUUCACUGGCUAAAACUGGCUGGCAGGGCAACACUCUCAACUUUCUGUUCCAGGCUUUGAAACCUUCCAAAAGUUUUUUAUUGACUUGGAGUGGAGGGGACAGAGAGAGAGAGGAGAGAACAAGAGGAAGAAGACAAAGAUAAAGUACAACUAAAACCUUAGACUUCCGCAGGAACAGGGGACCAGGUGGGCUAAGCCGAAAUAAACUGUGUCUUGAAGCUGGAGGCAGGGGUCAUGGAUAUCAGGAUGCAACGAGACGAGGCAUCUGCCCAGGAAGUGUUCAGCUACGCCCAGAUGUCAACCCUAGAGCGAAACAGUGGGGUAGGGACGCUGAGUCGGCAUCUGGAGCGGGAGAGGUUGGAAAGAGACAGCUACACGGUGGAUGUCAGGGCCAGUGACCUGCAGCUGGAUCAGCCUGGGCAAUUACAUCCCUGCUUUAGCUACAGAGUCUGGCUUUACAGCGUCGUUAUAGGGAGCAGCUUGCUGAUAGCGGCAGCUUUCUCUCUCUAUAUGGGUAAUGUGUUUCCAGCUGCAAUGGACUACCUGCGUUGUACUGCUGGAUCUAGUAUUCCAGCUGCAGUGGUGAGCUUUGCUAUUGCCAAGAACAGACACGUUGCAGUCUCAGACUUUCAAAUGGUCUACGUGUCCUCCUUUGCUGUGACAACCACGUGCCUGGUGUGGUUCGGAUGUAAACUAGCCAUUAGUCCCUCAGCCAUCAAUAUUAACUUUAACCUGCUCCUGCUUAUUGUGCUGGAAGUGCUCACGGCUAGUACUGUUAUCCUAUCAGCUCGCUCGGUGGAGGACUGCUGCAGUCACGGAAAGCCCGUGUCUGAUGGCCCUGUGGUUGUGACCCCAGCUUCGUUCCCCACUCGUCUUCUCAAGGCUUACGCUGUAAUUGAGGUUAUAGUGGGCAUCUCCGCUGUAUUCGGAGGAAUUAUUGCUCUCAAUUUGGGUGCUCUCCUCCCAGAGCCAUACCUUUCUGUCACUUUCUUCUGGAUUCUGGUAGCUUGUUUCCCCAGUGCCAUUGCCAGCCAUGUGGUGGCAGAAUACCCCAGCAAGAGUCUGGUGGAGAUGCUGAUUGCUAUAAGUAGUGUGACCUCACCACUGCUUUUCUCAGCGUCUGGAUUCUUGUCCAGCAGUGUGAUUAAUUUUAUUGAGAUCUUUCUGCAUGAAGUGGCAUCAGUCAAGACGUAUGACAUACUGCUGCUUGUCCUGAUGGGACUGCUGCUGGUGCAGGCGGUGCUGACAUUAACCACCGUAAUAAAGUGCGCUUCCUACAAGGGCCAGCUCCGCAUGGGAGGCACUGAAUGGGACAUGCUACACAAAAAGCACUGUGAGCAACAGACGUCAAAUGGCACACUAAGAGAUUUUGACAAAGAAAAGGCCUGGAAAGCAGUGGUGGUCCAAAUGGCCCAGUGACCAAAGAUACAGGCAACAGAAGGAAAAAAAACACAGAGAGAAAAAAAUGAAUAUACAAAUAUGGAAGAUAAGAAUGUCAGCUGGAAGAGAAGCAUCACUUUUUGGGGUAUGAAACUUAGAGUUCUGUCAUAACUGUCAGCUGAAUUGUCAUAUUUAUGAGCCAUACACUACUGUUCAAAAGUCUGGGGUUAAGAUUUUAAAGUAAGAUUUUAUUUAAUUUUUUCAAGAUACUUUUAUUUAGCAAAGAUGCGCUAAAAUGAUCAAAGGUAACAGCAAAGACUUUUACAUUGUUAUAUAAAAGUAUAUGAUGUCUAUUUCAAAUACAUGCUGUUCUUUUGAACUUCUUAUUCAUCAAAGAAUCCUGAAAAACAGUAUCAUAGUUUCUACAAAAAUAUUAAGCAACACAAGUGUUUUCAGUAUUGAUAAUAAUAAUAAAUGUUGCGUAAGCACCAGAUCAACAUAUUAGAAUGAUUUCUGAAGGAUCAUGUGACACUGAAGACUGGAGUAAUGGCUGCUGAAAAUUCAGCUUUGCCAUCACAGGAAUAAAUUCUAUUUUAAAAUAUAUUCAAAUAGAAAACAGUUAUUUUAAAUUGUAAUAAUAUUUCACAAUAUUACUGUUUUUACUGUAUUUUUACUAUAUUUUUGGUGAGCAUAAAAGACUUCCUUAAAAAACAUAAAUUAAAUAACGACCCCAGACUUUUAAACAGAAAUGUAUGUCUGUCAAAGAUAUCAUUGAAUGACAGUUUAAUGAGGAUAAGAACCAAGAAGUCAAAAUGCGAGGUGGGUUUUUAAAGUCUAUUGUAAAGAUCCUUAAACUUGUGUCUCACAAUCGUGAAUAUAGCAUACCAUACCAGUUUGAAAUUAGAAUCAUAUGUGGUGAGUGAAUGACUGAGCAAGUUUAUAUGCAAAUAAAUGGUGAACACACCAUGCAUGUACAAUCCACAGCACUUGUAAUGCAUUAUUUAGAAAUCCCAUGUUUAAAAAUCUCAUAUGUUGGAUGUUGAAAGAGUAGGGGACCUAAUAUAUGAGGCAUGUAAUAAUUCUAACACACUUUAAUGGACCACAGUGCUGUUCACUACCUUGCUUCAUGCAACCAUUUUUACUUUGUUAGAUUUUAUUUUUGUAUAAAUAUAUGCAUCUUGUGAUGUUAUUAUAGAUCAAUAAAAUUCUGAGGAUUGUUUA